AUGUCUUCUGAUGUGUCAGAAUAUACUAUUGGGGGAGUGAAGAUCAUGUUUCCUUGCAAGGCUUACCCUUCACAACUUGCUAUGAUGAAUGCUAUUGUUAAGGGUUUAAGUAACAGGCAACACUGUUUGUUGGAGAGCCCUACAGGAAGUGGUAAAAGCUUGGCAUUACUUUGUUCUGCAUUAUCAUGGCAGCAGUCUCAGUAUGAGAAACCAUUGCUUACAUCUUCAUGUGAAAAGGAAGACAGAAAGCCAGAGACCUCACUGCUGUGUCGCUGCACGUGUCACUCCCAGUGUAAGAGCGAUGAGGCGGCAACGAGCAUGAAUCAUGGUGCUUCUUGUUCUACUACUAAUUGUGAAACAGGAAGUUCUGUAAAACCUGGAAGCCCACUAACAAACACAGAAUGUAAGGAAAAUGAAACACUAGCUUCAAAAUUGUCUGCCAAAAAAAGGUUAUCACUACGUGACAAUGAGAGUGAUGAUUUUCAAGUAGACAGGAAAAGGAUUCGUCCUUUAGAAACUGAGCAGCAGGUUAGAAAACGUCAUUGUAUUACAAAAGGAGUACAACUUGUUGAUGCUUUAGAAGUUUAUAAUCAGAGAAAAAAUGGAGAGCUGAUUGUUCACUCAGAAAGAAGUGUAAAACCCACCACUUUUUCUCCCAAACCAUCUUCUGGCCCUUGCACUGAGUGUUCGUGUUCUUCUGGAAAAGAAACUGAUAAAGAUGCUAGUAAUAGGAAGAAGAAAGAAAAUGGAGAUCGGCCUUUCAUUCCCAAAAUAUUUUUUGGAACACGAACACACAAGCAAAUAUCCCAGAUCACCAGAGAGUUGAAGAGAACAGUGUAUUCCAGUGUCCCCAUGACAAUUCUUUCUAGCCGGGAUUAUACCUGUAUUCAUCCAGUGGUAUCUCAUGCUGGUAGUAACAGGAAUGAAAUGUGUGUAGAGUUCCUGGAAGGAAAACAUGGCAAGUCCUGUCUUUACUAUCAUGGUGUACAUAAACUCAGUGAACAUCAUGCACUACAGUCUGCACACAGAGUGUAUCAGGCUUGGGACAUUGAAGAUCUAGUGAGCCUGGGAAAGAAGCUUCGUGCCUGUGCGUAUUUCGCAGCCAGAGAACUCAUGGUGGGCGCAGAUAUUGUAUUUUGUCCUUAUAAUUAUCUCCUGGACCCGCAGAUACGGGAGAGUAUGGAAAUUAACCUAAAAGGCCAAGUAGUCAUUUUAGAUGAAGCCCAUAAUAUUGAGGACUGUGCUCGAGAGUCAGUGAGCUACGGUGUUACAGAAAGUCAACUCAGAGCUGCUCAAGAAGAGCUAGAUUUCAUGGUCAACAACAACAUCAGACAGAAAGAUCAUGAGCCGCUACGGGCUGUGUGCUGCUCUCUGACAAACUGGUUAAAGGAGAGCUCUAGUCAACUGGUAGAAAGAGGGUAUGAAACUUCUUGUAAGGUUUGGAGUGGAAAAGAAAUGCUCAGCAUUUUGCACAAAAUGGGAAUAACUGAUAUCACUUUUCCCAUUUUACAGAAACAUUUUGCUACUGUCUUGGAAAAAGAAGAAAAAGUAUCGAUGUUCGGUAGAGAGGAGCUUAUUGAGAUACCAGUUGUGAGCCCUGCCACUCAGAUGGUGCUGAAGGGGUUAUUCAUGGUUCUUUUAUAUCUUUUUAAAGACAAGAGCAGGUUUGCAGAUGACUACAGAGUUGCUUUACAACAAACUUACACUUGGAUGAAUGAAAGCCAACUUGAUGCUUCAGAUACAAGUGCCUUCUUUACAUGGCCCAAGCCCAAGCGUAAAAAGAAUUUGCGACACAAAACUGUAGUCCACAUGCUUAAUUUUUGGUGCUUGAAUCCUGCUGUGGCUUUUUCAGACUUAAAUGAUGUGAGAACAAUUGUUCUGACAUCUGGUACGCUCUCUCCAAUGGAUUCAUUUUCUUCAGAGCUUGGUGUGAAGUUUUCUAUUCAGUUGGAGGCAAAUCACGUUAUUCGGAACUCACAGGUUUGGAUUGGCACCAUCGGAGUGGGCCCUAACGGUCGGAAGUUGUGUGCCACGUUCCAGCAUACAGAGACCUUUGAGUUCCAAGAUGAGGUGGGAGCACUUCUGCUUUCAGUGUGUCAAACAGUUGCCCAAGGAAUUUUGUGCUUUUUGCCAUCCUAUAAGCUGUUGGACAAAUUAAAAGAUCGCUGGAUGCAUACUGGCUUAUGGAAAAACCUGGAGCUGGUGAAGACAGUCAUUGCAGAGCCUCAAGGAGGGGCAAAGAGUGACUUUGAUGAACUGCUUAAAAUAUACUAUGAUGCAAUAAAAUGUAAAGGAGAAAGAGAUGGAGCACUCCUUAUAGCUGUUUGCAGAGGAAAAGUUAGUGAAGGCUUGGAUUUCUGCGAUGAGAAUGCCCGUGCCGUUAUAACCAUAGGUAUUCCAUUUCCAAAUGUGAAAGACCUCCAGGUUGAAUUAAAGAGGCAAUACAAUGACCAGCAUAAAAAUACAAGAGGCCUUUUACCAGGGAGUCAGUGGUAUGAAAUUCAAGCUUACAGGGCUCUAAACCAAGCCCUGGGAAGGUGUAUAAGACAUAGGAAUGACUGGGGUGCUCUUAUUUUAGUUGAUGACCGCUUCCGGAAUAACCCUAAUAAAUACAUAACUGGAUUAUCUAAAUGGAUUCGUCAACAAAUCCAGCACCAUGAAAAUUUUAGUAAUGCACUUGAAUCGUUGCGUGCAUUUGCUGUAGGAAAUCAGAAAAGAACUGAUGGUUCACCAGAACGCAGCAGUGACUUUCUCUGUGUACCUUCAAACUCAAAAGGCCUGUCACAAUCAUCUCAGCAGGAGGUGACUAUUCACCUGUCACCAGGUGUUCCUGUGAAAAGUGAGGAGCAAAACUUCGUUUCAGAAAUUAAUUUUACUACAACCAUCAGCUCACUUAGUCCUGCAGCAUUGGAUCAGCCAAGUGGCCAGAAAAUUGAUGUUGAGAGUCAUUCUCACCAUGUAACACCAAGAAGAAAACAUAUGGGCUGCACACCCCAAAUGCCAGCAAAUAAAACUGGGAGAGAAGAAAAGAAGGAUUGGACUAAUGCUGAUAUUAUGAAAGAACAUUGCUGCUUUAAACCACUGACUUCAACACCUUUGCCUGUAGCCAAGAACUGUGUGUCCACAGCUACUAGCAACCAGAAGAAUGUGAAAAGGGCUAGUGAAGUUAUUGAUGGUGUAAAUCAAUGCCAGUCAUCAUUAAUUUCAGAACAUGAACCAAGUGUACCAGAAUCAUGUUUGGAAACAACUGAUUUUUCAAUUAAAAAUGUUGAGCCUCUCUUUAAGCUACAGCUUCAAGUUGGGCCUUGCAGUGAGUUUCCUUCAGAAGGAGGGAAAUCUGAACUUUCAGUGUUAAAUGUAGCUGCAGAAGAUGAAGAUGAGGAUGAGAGUAUCUAUUUCACACCAGAACUUUAUGAUGAUGAUGUAGAAUCAGAGGAACAGAAUAUCGGACCACUGGUUCCAGCCUGUAAUACAAGUGAGAAUCAUAUUGAAUGUGGCAACACCACAGUCAGUGAUGAUCUUUUUGCAAUCAACACCUUAGAAACACUGAGUGUGACUAAAAAAAUGAUUGAUGACAAUGAUGGCAGAAGCACAAGUUUACAUGGAAUAAUGCAAAAUGAGGGGAAUGAGAACAGCGCGGUUAAUAAUGUAGAGAUGAGUAGUGAGAUAGAAGCAAAGCAGAUAGCAUCUCAAGAGAUGGACACCAAAAAACGGAAAAUCAGUCUUUCCAGAUCACGAAAUAAAGGUGUGUCAUCUUUUCCAUUGAACAAUCCCAGCAAAUAG